AAUCCUUCGCAAUGUCGCAGUCAUUGGAGCUGUUGCUUAUUCAAUUCUUGAUGCCCGACAAUGAUGCACGGCGGCAAGCGGAGGACCAAAUUAAGCGGUUGGCAAAGGAUCCACAGGUGGUUCCGGCACUCGUUCACCACCUACGAACUGCGAAGACGCCUAAUGUGCGGCAGCUCUCUGCAGUGCUCCUCCGCAAGAAGAUCACUGGCCAUUGGGCAAAACUAUCGCCUCAGCUUCGUCAGCUUGUCAAACAAUCUCUUAUUGAAAGCAUCACUAUGGAGCACAGUCCACCCGUGAGGCGUGCUAGUGCUAAUGUGGUGAGUAUCAUUGCAAAGUAUGCCGUUCCUGGUGGAGAAUGGCCAGAUUUGCUGCCAUUUUUGUUCCAGUGCAGUCAGAGUGCACAAGAAGAUCAUAGAGAGGUGGCGUUGAUUUUGUUCAGCUCCUUAACCGAAACAAUUGGGGAUUCAUUUCGACCAUAUUUUGCUGAUUUACAAGCACUUCUACUCAAGUGCCUACAAGAUGAGACUAGCAAUGGUGUUAGAGUGGCUGCCCUCAAGGCAGUUGGCUCUUUUAUCGAGUUCACUUAUGAUGCCUCUGAAGUGAUUAAAUUUCGGGAAUUUAUUCCCAGCAUCUUAAAUGUUUCAAGACAAUGCCUUGCAUCUGGCGAGGAAGAUGUUGCAAUAAUUGCUUUUGAGAUAUUUGAUGAGCUGAUUGAAUCUCCAGCACCUCUUCUUGGAGAAUCAGUCAGAGCCAUAGUGCAGUUCUCUCUUGAGGUUUGCUCAAGUCCAAAUUUGGAAUCAAGUACACGUCAUCAGGCUAUUCAAAUCAUUUCAUGGCUUGCAAAGUACAAAUCUAAUUCCCUUAAGAAGCAUAAGUUGAUCAUUCCGAUCCUUCAAAUUAUGUGCCCACUGCUUACGGAGGCAACCAAUAGGGAUGAAGAUGACGAUGAUCUUGCACCAGAUCGCGCCGCUGCAGAAGUUCUUGAUACCAUGUCUUUAAAGUUGCCAAAACAUGUGUUCCCACCUGUUUUUGAAUUUGCUUCUUUGAGCAGUCAGAGUGUUGAUCCAAAGUUCCGAGAGGCUUCAGUCACAGUUUUGGGCGUCAUUUCGGAGGGUUGUGUAGAGUUGUUGAAAGAGAAACUUGGACCUGUCCUUCAUAUUGUGUUAGGGGCUUUAAGGGAUCCUGAACAGGUCGUAAGAGGAGCUUCCGCGUUUGCAUUAGGUCAAUUUGCUGAGUAUUUGCAGCCUGAGAUUAUAUCCCAUUAUGAAAGUGUUCUUCCUUGUAUAUUAACUGCCAUAGAGGAUUCAUCUGAUGAAGUCAAGGAGAAGUCAUACUAUGCGUUGGCAGCAUAUUGCGAGUGCAUGGGUGAAGAAAUCCUCCCUUUUCUUGAUUCUAUGAUGGGAAAACUAUUUGCUGCUGUGCAAACUAGCCAGCGUAUGUUACGAGAAACAUGCAUGUCUGCAAUUGGUUCAGUUGCAUCUGCUGCAGAGCAAGCAUUUCUCCCAUAUGCUGAACGGGUUUUGGAAUUGAUGAAAACUUUCAUGGUGCUUACAAAUGAUGAGGACCUUUGUUCACGAGCAAGGGCUACGGAACUGGUGGGAAUAGUUGCCAUGGUUGUUGGAAGGGCUAGAAUGGAACCAAUUUUACCACCUUUUAUUGAAGCUGCAAUUUCUGGAUAUGGGCUGGAGUACAGUGAACUCCGUGAGUAUACUCAUGGAUUCUUCAGCAACGUAGCAGAACUGUUGGAAGAUGGAAUGGUUCAGUAUCUUCCACAUGUUGUGCCUCUGGCGUUUUCUUCCUGCAAUCUUGAUGAUGGAUCUGCUGUUGAUAUUGAUGAUUCUGAUGAUGAUGAGAAUGUAAAUGGAUUUGGUGGAGUAUCAUCUGAUGAUGAAGCCCAGGAUGAACCAAGAGUGCGAAAUAUCAGUAUAAGAACUGGGGUUUUAGAUGAGAAGGCUGCAGCAACUCAAGCCCUUGGUCAAUUUGCUCUACAUACAAAGAGUGCUUAUGCCCCAUAUUUGGAAGAGUCUUUGAAGAUUUUGGUGAAGCAUUCCAGCUAUUUUCAUGAAGAUGUUCGACUUCAGGCCAUUACUGGCUUAAAACAUAUUUUGACAGCUGCUCAUGCAGUCUUCCAAGGUCAUAGCGACGGAGCAUCCAAGGCAAAAGAAAUCCUUGAUUCUGUGAUGACCAUUUACAUCAAGACAAUGAAUGAAGAUGAUGACAAGGAAGUGGUUGCUCAAGCUUGCAUGAGCGUAGCAGACAUGAUGAAAGAUUUUGGAUAUGUGGCCGUCGAACCUUAUAUGCCUCGGCUUGUGGAGUCGACUCUGGUCUUGCUUCGAGAGGAAUCAGUCUGUCAACAAAUAGAAUCAGAUAGUGAUAUUGAUGAUGAUGAUACUGGACAUGAUGAAGUGCUUAUGGAUGCUGUUUCAGACCUCCUUCCUGCAUUUGCCAAAGCCAUGGGCUCUCACUUUGCACCGAUCUUUGCAACUCUAUUUGAUCCGUUAAUGAAGUUUGCGAAAGCUUCACGCCCGCCACAAGAUCGGACAAUGGUAGUUGCAUGCCUUGCUGAAGUUGCUCAGGAUAUGGGUCCUCCAAUUGCCGUCUAUGUCGAUGGAGUGAUGCCCUUGGUACUUAAAGAAUUGGCUUCAUCCUCAGCAACUAAUAGGAGGAAUGCUGCAUUCUGUGUUGGAGAGUUAUGCAAAAAUGGUGGCGUCUCCAGUCUCAAAUAUUUUGGUGAUGCUUUACGUGGCCUUUAUCCGUUGUUUGGAGAAUCCGAACCAGAUGAUGCAGUAAGGGACAAUGCUGCUGGUGCAGUUGCAAGGAUGAUUAUGGCACACCAGGAAUCCGUCCCAUUAAACCAGGUCCUCCCUGUUUUCGUCAAGGUUCUUCCGUUGAAAGAAGAUCAUGAGGAAUCCAUGCCUGUUUAUAGCUGCAUUUGCAGCCUUGUUCUAUCAUCUAAUCCACAGAUCGUUCCUCUGGUUCCGGAUUUGGUUAACGUUUUUGCACAAGUAGCCUUAUCGCCAAUUGAAACACCGGAAGUGAAAGUGCAAAUUGGAAGGGCUUUCGCUCACCUUUUAUCGCUAUACGGCCAACAGAUGCAGCCCCUCUUGGGUAAUCUCUCACCUACACAUGCUAAUGCUUUGGCUGCUAUUGCGCCAAAGAGUUGACAAAAAUCAAACACAAGAAGGUGUGCGAAUGCCAUCUAAAGAUGAUCCUUUCCCCUAAUGGGAAUCAUUUGGAGUAUAUUUUCUUAAAGUUUUCAGCUUCCCAGAAACUCAUUUUUCAGUCAGGUUUUUGUUUGGCUUCAGUUUUCCCCAAUGGAGCUAGGUAGCUGUUACACAUGGGUUUUUUUUUGUUUUACAAUUUUGAUGUGUGGUAUUAUUCAUUUGUCUCAAUAUGUUUGUUUUGGUUCAUUUAUUUAUAAGCCUACAUUACAUAAGGUUGUGUGUGUAUGGUAAGUAAAGGGUUUUAGGGUUGGUGAUGUCACUCUGUUUGGUAUUUUAUUAUGAGUCAUUGUUUGUUGGGUUGGUUGUUGGUAAUGAAUUGAGGUUUUAGCUUGUGAAUAGCAUUCACACUUGUUUUGUUGAA